CAACAAACCGGAAGAUGCACGGAAUGUCUCGGAAGUAUUGCUAUCAGUCACUCCCUUCAGUUGUCGUUGCGACUGCGACUCUUGCUCAUUCACCAGCGCACGAUGCCUGAUCCGGUCGAAGAGCUGCAGCGCAACCCGCGGGAAGCCAAGAAUCACUUCCUCGCGUACAUGAAAGAUGAGAUUUUCAGGCUCAACUUCUAUCGCGCGCAUAUGCUAUACUUUAUCGUUGUCAUAGCCAUAUCGUCCGUCAUUGUAUAUGGCGAAGGUGUUAAGACUGGACCGAAGGAGUAUAGAGACUCACAUUUGACCUACAUGGAUGCACUGUUCCUGACAUGUAGUGCCAUGACAACAACAGGUCUCAAUCCUGUAGACUUGGGCGACCUCUCUGGAUUUCAGCAAGCAGUUCUUUGCAUUCUCCUGAUAAUCGGCAACAUCCCCUUUGUCUCAAUGGUAGUCGUGCUCAUACGACAAUCUAUGUUCCGCAAGCGCAUGUCAGAAGUUGUAAAGCACUCGCGCACAAUGCAACGCCUGGUUCAGGACAUCGAAGAUAAUCGGCAGACCGAUCAAAGCAGCGCCAGCAGCAGCAACAGCCUACGUCAGCGACAGAACGGCGAGCGCCGAAAGAGCAGGGCCAAUCCCGCGCAGAAGAAGCAAGAGAAGAUUCAGCCGCUGAGUAAAAGACGCACGUUUCAUCACCAGACAGGCUUUGGGUUCGUACCGACGCCCUGGGAAACGAAACUGGCGAAGAAUUUCUUCAGACGUGUAUUUGACAGCGUCACGAGCGAGUUGAAGCCGGAGCAGCACGAUUACGUAUCGUUCAAACCACAUCUGGACUCUAAAGGACGCUUCCUGGAACUCAGCGAGCAUGAUCGACUAGAAUUGGGAGGCGUCGAGUACCGCGCCUUACAGGCGUUGAUGUUUAUUCUGAUCGGCUAUCAGCUGUUCUGGUACGCGUUUGGUGUUGUCUUCUUGGUACCUUACGCGUACCGCUCCUCUACAAGGGACAUCCUGCGUGAAGCCCAACCAGGAGGUCUAAAUCCAGGGUGGUGGGCGUUCUUCUCGACUGUUACUGAAUUCGCAAAUGGCGGUCUGAACGUACUAAACGCCAACUUCAUACCGUUCAGUGGCAUGCCGUUCAUCCUGAUCAUCGCUGGUGCUUUGGCUUUGGUUGGACAGACGCAGUUCCCAAUCUUCCUACGGCUGACCAUAUGGACAAUGAAGAAACUUGUUCCAAAAGGAUCUCGUCUGCACAAUACUCUGCAGUUUCUACUACAACAUCCGAGACGUUGCUUCAUCUACCUGUUCCCGAGCAGGCAAACUUGGUAUUUGCUUGCUAUCCAGAUCGUCAUCGACAUCACUGCUUGGCUUUGUUUCGAGAUUCUGAAUAUUGGGAUGCCGGACGUUGAUAUCCUGCCCACUGGAACUCGGAUCUUGGAUGGAUUGUUCCAAGCGACCGGCCUCCGCACGUCUGGAGCGUAUAUCAUCGCGUUUAGCUCCCUGGCACCAGCAUGUCUGGUAGCCUACCUUGUCAUCAUGUACAUCUCCAGCUAUCCAUUGGUGAUGACUCUUCGCAAAACGAACACGUACGAGGAGCGUUCGAUCGGUCUGCAAGAAGACGACGGCAGUGCUGCCGGUAUCUCAUCUCAUUUGCAGAAGCAGCUCGCUUACGACAUUUGGUUCCAGUUUCUCGCCUUUUUCCUCGUCAGCAUCAUAGAGCGGGGUCACAUUCUGAGGGGCGACCCAGGCUUCGACUCGUUCUCUGUACUGUUUGAAGUGACUUCAGCGUACGGCACGGUCGGCCUGUCAACUGGUGUUCCAGGCCAAGACUACAGCCUCAGUGGCUCGUUUGCAAGUCUCAGCAAAGUCGUCAUGUUGUUUGUCAUGGUACGUGGUCGGCACCGCGGACUGCCGCUUGCCAUUGAUAGAAGUAUUCUUCUGCCAGGGGAGGAGCUCAUGCAACGUCUGGACUCAGAAUACGGUGGUCGCGGCGCCUCUGCGGAAGAUUUGCAAGAGCUGGUCACAAGCAUCGAAGAGAGUGGUGUGCAAAGUAGGGACUCAGAGUCUGCCGCAGCACAGCAAGAUCCAGAGCAGGCACCCCCUUCUCGCUGAAAGCUUGUCACAUGCAGAAACAUAUGACUCAUAGAUGGGUGGCGUGUUCCCUCAGGUCUGACCAGGUAGACGCGUCUCUUCUGGAAGCACGAAGAAAGGAGAGUGUAGACGUACUCAGGAGUUACUCCGUCUUUGCAUA